GCCUGGCGGCGGAUUUCCCCUUUUGAUCCUAGCAACGUUCCGUGAGUUGUAUUUUUUGUGUUAAUGUUUCCGUCUCGUGUGUUUAGCUUGUAACAGAUGGCAAGUGCGGGGCAGAAGCGGAUAAUCCAAUUCACUGGAUUUAAAAAAUGGGAGAAAAAGGCGCUGCUGAAAUGGCUGCUCAAACUGGACUGUGUGUUCAUAGAUACGAAGAAAUACAGGAAUUGUACACACCUUAUAGCAAAAAAGCUGUGCAAGAGCGAAAAGUUCUUAGCUGCAUGUUCUGCUGGAAAGUGGAUACUAACUAAGGAGUACAUAAUUAAUAGUGCUGAAAGUGGCAGAUGGCUUGAUGAAACAAUGUACGAAUGGGGAUAUGAAAUUGAAGAAGACACCCAUUAUUCACCUCAAAUGCAAUCUGCACCUAAAAGGUGGCGUGAAAAACUGACACACUCUGGUGCUCCAGGGGCCUUCCACAGUUGGAAAGUUGUCCUCCUCGUUAAGGAAGGUGGUAAACAAAUGGCAUCUAUUAGAAGAGUUCUUCAAGCUGGAAAGGCAACGGUAUGUUCAUCGCAAAAAGCAGAGGACAAUAUAACUCACAUUUUCGUCAGUAAUAAGACUUUUCCCAUGCAAACCAAAAGUUGUCUCUCUGAAGCUCAUUACUACCCUGUGCAAUAUCUAGGACAUUACAUUUUUGAGAAUGAGAUACAAAAUACCAAAGAUACUAUAAUGGACCAUUUUUUGGCUGCACAAGAAGGAAACAAAACCGUGUCAAACAUGCAGCUUGCUGAAAUGAAAAAUGCUGUUAUAAAACAUAUGUAUUUUGCUGCAGCUGUUAAGCACAAGUUUGCUCAAAAAGACCAGCGGAACAAAUGUGGCGCAGAGGUUAAAAAAACUGACCUGUCCAGAGGCACAUGGUAUAUGCUUGAAGGACUAGUUGAAGAGUAUUUAUUUCCUGAUGUAAUCACAGAACUUGCUGCUAAUCAGAAGUACUUUACACCUCCUGUGCAGCUUAUUAAUUCUCUUCUAGAAUAUGUUCUGUUGGGAAAUACCGAUGCAUUAUUUUGUGCUAAGUUUUACCAAGUUUUGUACCUCGUUCUCCAACAUGAUCCACCUUGGAAGUCUCCAUCUAUGUUAAAGUAUUAUUUGGAAUUUCUUCAGUGUCCUGUCUGUAAGAAAGGCACAUGGUCCUUGAUUGAGGUGCUUGUAAGGUCUUGCCUUUAUUGCAAAGCCAUUUGUCAUGCAGUCCCAGUUUCAGGGGGAGGAGAUGAACAGAGGAUAGUUCACAAAAGAUUAUUGAAGUUUUUCUUUGAGUUAGUAAAAUCUGAAGUAGAGCAUCUGACAAAAAGUUUGGUUGAAGGGACCAAUUCACAGCAUCAGCAAGUCAGGCCACAGACAGUUCUUCUAAAGACCUUUUGGCUAGGAAGUGAAACCUCAGUGUUUUUUACCAAAAACGUAAAUAUUUUAGCAGAUUGGGUCAUACUUUCCUAUAGAGAAUUGAAAAGAAAAAAUGAUGCUUUCAUAUGUGAAGUAAGUGAUCUAUUAAAUGCAAUUCUUGGAACUGUAGUGGAGUAUUGGAUCAUCUCAGGUUUGCUUAUGGACAGAAAUGUGUUCCAUCAAAUAUCUGAUGAUUUGGCACAGUACCUUGCCAUUGAAUGUAAUGGUUUUUCAGUGCAUGAGUUAGAAAUGUUCCUUUGUUCCAUACCAUCCCUCUGGCUUCAAAUGUUUGUUGCAGAAGCAGUUUUUAAAAAACUGUGUUUACUGAGGAAUAUAACUAUUUCUACAGAACCUCUUUCUCUUCAGAAAAUAGUCAGUUCCUAUUUGCCCGCUUUGCAAGAGAUAGGGAUGCAUGAUGCAAGAGGGAUACACAAAACAAAGAAAAUAGGGCAGUGGCCAUGCACCGAGUCUCAAAGGGCAUUACAGAUGCUAAAUGGCAAUAAGAACGAAGUCAAAGAGCUGCCUGAUCUACCUGACUUUAAGAAGCACCCUCCAUUGACACAUAUGGUUGGAGCAGAAGCAGAAGGUGAGACUGCACAUACCAAAGAGAAUCACUGCCGUUUGGCUGAAGAGGUACAUUUUAACAGAAGAAAUACUAAAGGAGAGACAGCCCUGCAUAAAGCUUGCAUAAGUAACAAAGUGGAGAGAUUGAUUCGGCUUCUCUCUUUGCCUGGAACAGACAUUAAUGUUAAAGACUAUGCUGGCUGGACGCCUUUGCAUGAAGCCUGUAACCAUGGCAGCACAGCGUGUGUCCGUGAAAUUUUGCAGCGUUGUCCAGAGGUAGACCUGCUCAGUCGAGUGGACAGGGUGACUCCUUUGCAUGAUGCACUGUUAAAUGGACAUGUAGAAAUUGGCAAGCUGCUACUUCAGUAUGGGGGACCAGCCCUUCUACAGCACAGGGAUUGCACUGGAAAAUUGCCACUGGAUUAUGUUGAGUCCAUCUCAGUAAAGCAAGAACUUUUGAGUGUUGUUCAUCCAGAAGAGAGUAUUGAAAGCUUCUGUGAACGCAUGGAUCAAGAUUUUUGCAGUCAGCAGAGAGAACUGUUGAUGAUUUUAUUUAAUAAGAUGCUGUUGAAUUUUUGUUCAGUUUAUAAUCUGUCUUCACCCUUUACUUUAACUCUCAGAGAGGCAGGUUGUUCAAAUGUACUUCCAGUAAUGGCUCUUGAUAACUGUGAGAUGAAAAAUACAUUUUCUGCAGAUUGGCUAGUAGAUACAUAUUUUAGAGAGCUAGAAACUUUUCAAAAGCUUCCACAAUUUCUUCAGGAAAUAUCUGCAAAUACGGAUUUCUUCCCUGGGGAACAGAAGAAGGUUUUAUUAGCUACUCUGGAAACUAUGGUAGAGGCAUUCAAGCGCUUUGCUGAAGCAGUACAGAUUUCAUAGCCUACAUGAGCCCUACAUGGUAGUAUCUCCCGUGUUUUUGAUACUUUCCUCUAGCAGAACCUGGAAGUCAGAUGUAUUGAGUCAAUGUACUUUUAGGACAAAUUUUUCCCAAUACUAAUACCUUCUAGUUUUCUAGCAGAUCUGGGUGCAUGUGACCACCUGUGCUAUAUCAUUUGUACUAAGUUAAACUUUGCAUUUUCAGUCCUGGAAAUCUUUGUUAGCCAUCUCAUGCCAUAGUUUUACUUUGUUUUCCAGAGGUACUGUUGCAAAAACAAGCAUUUUUGCCUUUAAAAACGCUUGUGUCUACAUAUUUUAAUAUCCUUUAAUAAAACUAAUAUUACCGAUAUCUGUCAUUAAACUAAAACAUGUUGAAAGGCAAA